GCAAGAUUUUUCAGUGCUAUAAAAAUGGGAACAGACCCCAUCUUCAGGCUACCAAUUUCUCUGACAGCGUUCAGAAAUCCACCAUGCUUCCUCUGUUAUUCACAUCAUGUCUUCUUCUACUUCCUUUUCUUCUCCACCUCUUCAGAUUUCCCACUGGUCUGAGCAGAAGAAGAAGAAGAAGCUAUAAACUCCCACCCGGCCCCAACCCCAAACCCCUCCCCAUACUCGGCAACCUUCUCAAUCUCAGCCGUCUCCCCCACAUCUCCCUCCUCCAUCUCUCAAAACAGUACGGCCCUCUCAUGUACCUAAAGCUGGGCCAGAUGCCCACCAUCAUCGCCUCCUCCAAAGAAACCGCCUUUGAGAUUCUCAAAGCCCAAGAUCUCACCUUUUGCACCCGCCCUGAAUCCAUCGUCUUCUCCAAGUUCUCCUACGGCGGCCUCGGCAUGGCCUUUUCAGAUUUCAACGACCACUGGAAGAAGCUUCGGAUGCUAUUCAAAGACGAGGUCUUCAGCACUAAAAAAAUCCAAUUUUUUCGCAGAAUCAGGGUGGAGGAAGUGGGGACAUUUAUGGACACCAUAAGACGAAUUUCUCAAAGUGGAAAGCCCAUAAAUUUCUCCGACAUGGCGCUCUGCCUCUACAACAACAUCAUAUACAGAGAAGCGUUUGGGAAGAGGUUAUCUGCUGAGGGAGAGUGCGGGGCGAGUCCUCACCAUGAUUUGAUCAUGAUGGUCGUAACUUUCAUGGGCGGGUUUACUGUAUCGGACUUCUUUCCUUCGUUCUGGUGGGCUGAUUUUCUCACUGGGAGCAGGGCGAAGCUUGAGAGAUGUUUCAGGGUGAUGGAUGGGAUGGUGGAGAAGGAAAUUGAAGAGAGGUUGUUUACCAUUGAAAGGGGUGGUAGGAGCCCAUAUCCAGACAUUCUCGAUUCCCUUCUUCUCUGUCAAGUUCAGAAGAAUCCAUUGCUAGGAUUCCUGCUUUCCAGAAACGACGUCAAGGCUCUUCUUCUGGAUAUGUUCGUCGGAGGAACCAUGACCGCAACACUAACAGUGGUUUGGGGAAUGGCUGAGCUCAUGAGGAACAGAGAGGCCAUGAAGAAGGCGCAGGAUGAGGUCCGACGAGUCGUUGGAAACAAAGGAAAAGUAGAAGAAGAUGACUUGAAGCAACUCCACUAUCUCAAACUGGUGCUGAAAGAGACGUUAAGAUUGCAUCCUGCUGCUGCUCUGCUGGCUCGUGAAUGCAUGAAGGAUACGAAAAUCAACGGUUAUGAUAUUCCGGCGAAGACCAGAGUCAUGGUUAACGUUUCGUGUAUAAGUAAAGAUCCGGAGUGGUGGCCGGCGGAUCCGGAGAUCUUCAGGCCGGAGAGGUUUGAGAACAGUUCCGUUGACUACAAAGGGAAUUGCUUGGAAUACACGCCAUUUGGCGCAGGACGAAGAAUUUGUCCUGGAUUUGCGCUUGGCAUGGCCUGCGUGGAGCUUGGAUUAGCUAAUGUUCUUUAUGGCUUCGACUGGAAUCUACCCGAGGGGAUGGAAGCGGGAGAUAUUGACAUGACGGAGCAUUUCGGGAUCGGUGUUACGAAGAAGACGCCGCUUAUGUUAAUGGCGAAGCCGGUGAAUUUUGAAGGUUGGAUUUGA